AGCCUGACGUGUCUUUUGCUUCAGACUGUACUUCUGCUGUUUCGCUGCUGAGAUUAUCUAGAGUUUAUACAGCAGUAAAUGCUUUAAUAUUGCAGGUCUAUCAUUUUUGCGAGCGAGUGAAAUGGCGGCAGACUGGGAGGAAAUCAGGCGUUUAGCCGCGGACUUUCAGAGAGCUCAGUUUGCUGAGACUGUCCAAAGGUUGUCUGAGAGAAACUGCAUCGAAAUCGUGUCCAAGCUGGUCGGAGAUAAGAAGUUAGACGUGGUUCACACUCUGGAUGGGAAAGAGUACGUGACUCCAGCCCAGAUCAGCCGGGAAAUUCGUGAUGAGCUCUAUAUGCACAGAGGGAGAAUAAAUGUGGUGGAUCUUCAAAAGAUCAUCAAUGUUGAUUUGGUCCACGUGGAGGGCAGAGCCAAUGAAAUCGCCAAGUCAGACAGAGGCACGCAGCUCAUACUGGGUCAGCUGAUCGACGAAACAUACUUGGAUCGUCUUGCUGAGGAGGUGAAUGAUAAACUGCAGGAAGCUGGACAGGUGAACAUCGCAGAGCUCUGCAAAACCUAUGAUCUACCUGGAGAUUUUCUGACUGAGGCGCUGAAUGCGAGGCUGGGCAGAAUAAUCCAGGGGCAGCUAGACCAGUACAACAGAGGCAUGAUCUUCACGCAGGCUUUCCUCUCCAGACACAAAGCCUGCAUAUGCGGUCUGUUCAGCGGCAUCACCAGGCCUACGCAGAUCAACAACUUGCUAAACCUCUAUGGCUUUCAGGAGAAUCUGGUGUACUCGAUGCUUGAGGAGCUGGUGAACAGCGCUCGUCUGAAGGGCUGCGUGGUUGGAGGCAGGCAGGAUAAAGCCAUCUACAUCCCUGACAUCUACUCCAAAGCCCAGAGCACUUGGGUUGAGUCGUUUCUCAAGCAAAACGGAUAUUUAGAGUUUGAGUCACUGACCCGUCUGGGCAUCCCUGAUCCCAUCAACUACAUAAAGAAGCGCUUCAAGUCCAGCAGAUUGCUCUUCCUCAAGACCGCAUGUGUGGGCAGAACCAUUGUAGAUCAGCUGGAGGCCUCAGUGGAGGAGGCCAUCAACUCUGCCACUUGGGUCGACUUGCAGCCGAUGCUCCCGAGCAUUCUGUCGGAGGAGGAUGUGGGAAUUCUGCUGAAUGAAGUGCUGCGGAGCAUGAAUGUGCAGUCCAGCGCACGGCUUCUCUCCACGUCUGUCGUCAGCGAAAAGUUCAUCGCUGGAUGCAUCGCUUUAUUCGAGGAUCUCAUGCAGCAGAAAGCCCAGAAGGAGGUGAAGAAUAACCCUGUGUUUUUGAUAACCGAGGACGACGUCAAGCAAUCGUCCGCUUUGUUGGAGACUUCAGCCUCUUCGAAGAAAGACAAAAGAGAUGAACGCCGGAAGAAAGCUGCGGAGGGCGGUGGAAGUGUGAAAAGUGGAGGAGGAGGAAACGCCAGAGAGAUCCGAAUCCGCAAAACAAAGAAGAAGGGCAGGAAGGAGGAGGACAGCGAUGAGGAGACGACGCACAGCUCACAGGGUCGAAAUAAGCUGGGAGACGUGCAGUUCCUCUCAGUGGAGGAGAUCGUGGAGGUGCUGGAGGAAAAAGUGAGUGACAGCUCUGAGGAGAUGCUGCAGGAGCUGGCAGAACAGCUACAAAGGCCUUUGAGUAAAAUGUACCAAGAAGUGGUCACUACAGCCUUCCUGUCGACAAGUUCCAGCGGAGCAGGAGGCAGUCGCAAGAAAAACAUGAAGGAUCUUCAGGAGGAGAUCAACAACUUGUACAACAACAUCCGCCUCUUUGAGAAAGGAACCAAACUCUUCUCAGAUGAAACGCAGGCUACGGUCACCAAGCAUGUAUUGAAGACGGUGUGCACAGACGUGACCAAUGUGCUGCUGAGCUUUGUGGCAGCUGAGCAUAUGACCUCCGACAGCUCGGCAGCCAUGACCAGCGAGAUCCGGCUGAAGAUCUUGGCCAAGCUGUCAGAUGAAGUCAGAUCUCCUCUGAUGAAGCUGCACAACAGCCUCAAUGGAAAGGCCAUCGAGGAGUUUCUGUCAUGUCUGGAGACGAGUGCCGAGGAGUGUGGGCUCUUCCUGAAAAAAGGCGACAAGAAGAGAGAAAGGCAGGCUCUCUUCGUGCACCGUCAGGCUCUGUGUGAGCAGUUGAGGGAUGCGGAGGAUCCUGCACUGGUGCUCCAUCUGACCAGCGUCCUGCUCUUCCAGAACGUCACACACUGCAUGCUGCACGCUCCGGGGCGCUGUGUGCCGCACAUCAUCGGCUUCCUGCAGAGCAAGAUUCCCGAGGACCAGCACAAGCUGCUGUCUCAGUACCAGAGUCUGGUGGUCAAGCAGCUGGUGGUGCAGGGUCACGGAGCGGAGAAGAAGACUGUCCCGCCGGAGGGAGCUGACGGUCCUGCAGACUCGGAUGACACCGAGAGCCUUCAGAGAGAGCUGCACAGUCUCAGCAGAGACAUUAAAGACACCGUCCUCGCUCAGAGAAAGCCAUCAGUCACUGAGUAACAUGGUCUCGUUCUAAAGGUGUGAAUAAACUGACUGAAUAAUGA